AUGCUUAUUGCUGUAAUGCUAUUAAUUAUAUUUAUUAUAUUUGUGUUUAAUUCUUAUAUGCAUUACGGAAAAAAAGGGCGACUUAUUAAUCUUAUACCAGGACCACCAGGUUAUCCGAUUGUUGGAAACGCAUUUGAAAUAUUGGGUUCACGAAAAGAACAAUGGGAUAUUUUAAUUGAACUUACCAACCGAUAUCAUCCUAUUUAUAAAUUAUGGGCAUCUUAUUAUCCUGUUAUAAUGAUCAGUCAUCCAGAUGAUGUAGAGACAAUAUUAAGCAAUAUGAAACACCUCGAAAAGAGCAAACUAUAUGAUUUUUUACGACCUUGGAUCGGUUCUGGUCUUGCCACUAGUAAAGCCGUCAAAUGGUAUUCACAGCGAAAGACAUUAACUCCAACAUUUCAUUUCAAUAUAUUGCAACAGUUUGUUGACGUUUUCGUACAGGAAGGCGAAAAUAUGACAAAGAUUUUGAAAAAUUCAAAAGAUACAGUUGUAAAUGAUGUCUUAUCGUUUGUUAGUGAAUAUACUCUGAAUGCAAUAUGUGAAACCGCCAUGGGCACUUCUUUACGGAACAACGGGAGUUUCCAACAACAGUACCGAGAAGCGAUUUUCCGAAUAACCGAAAUUAUUACGUAUAGCGAUGUUAGAGGAGCCUAUCAAAUGAACACCUUAAAGCCGUUCGCUCCAUUGGAAACAUAUUUAGUUCCUGUUGGGACAAUUUUACAAAUUAAUAUUUAUGGAGUCAAUAGAAACCCCAAUUUCUGGCCAAAUCCAGAAGUAUUUCAUCCAAAUAGAUUUUUGCCUGAGAAGAACCGAAAUCGUCAUCCUUACUCAUAUAUAACAUUCAGUGCUGGACCACGUAAUUGCAUCGGUCAACGAUUUGCUAUGUUAGAAAUGAAAACAAUGAUAGCUUCUUUGGUACAUAAUUUUUACUUGGAGCCUGUUGAUUACUUAAAGAAUCUUCCUCUACAGCUUGGUUUAAUUCUUCGCUUGAGUCAUCCACUUCGUAUAAAAUUUGUUCCUCUGAAAGGUGAACGUUAG